UUUAAUUAUCUACGCAAUCUGCAAUCUUGAUGAUCAAGGGUGGGGUACGAGAGAGACGUCAGGUCAAGACGAUAGCUUAUCUUGGGAGAGGUUUUUUAACUCGAUCUCUAGAGCAAUGCGAAAGUUGUGUUGGUGUUGCAGAUCGGAUGAGCAAAACAAUGACGACCAGGAACCAGACACUUUAACAACUGAAAGUGAACGAAAGACAACUAAGGGAUUUCUACGGCAUUGUGGGAUAACGGACCAAGAAAUAGUUAAAGAGUUUGAAAAGGCCGGCUAUGACGAUGCGACAUUUUUUGUAAACAUGACAUAUGAGGACAUUCGAACGGUUGACGAAUCGAUAACCCGGAAAGACAUUGAAAGACUGCAUUCUAAAAUUUCUGCAAAUCAGAUGGAUCCCGAGCUUGCUGUGCGAAUCUUAGCAACGGAUAACGUACACGAUUUCUUGAAAGAGCUCAAUCUUAAAGAAGAACAUUUUCAAACACUCAAAGAUAAGAUUCAUGAUUUGGACAACCUGAAUGAAGAUACUUUAAAUGACUGCCUUAAAAAUAAAAGAGGUUACAUUAAAAAGAUCAUGUUUGCAAUGGCGAAGCGUAGAAAUUUCACGCAAGAGGAAAAAAUUCUUUCCGAUGCUAUGCGUCUACUUCAAGAAUUAGAUUUUGAAUCACUAGAAGACGGAGAAUUAGCAUUUUGGAAUAAAUGCAAAGAAGAGUACCUUACGCCGGAAAUCUCUGAGCACCAAACACCAAGAGCAACUAAGCUAAAAGAAAGUCUUGCUGAACUGCGAAACGGAAUGGUUCUCCUCUUUCUGGUCGCCAACGUUUUGUGGAUACUGCUGAUCGAGACGUUGGCAAAUUUAGCAGAUCUUCAGGUGUUCUACACAAACGCUUUGGGUCUCAUGUUUCUUGUGAUUUAUGGAAGCAUCGUCACAAUUCAGUUUACAACAAUCCUAUGUCAUCGUCUGAUUACCUUUGUCCACUAUAUCAGUCGUAUUCGUUGGGCGUUUAGGAAGCCUUCGUGUUGCUGCUCGUGCUGUUGCAAGAAAAAUGAUGAAAGGGGGAAUCCUAAAGAUGAAGAAGAGGAAUUCUAGAGAUAGCAAGAUUUCAACUUGACUUACGAAUAAUCUCCUUACGAGAAUGCUUGUGUCUGUUUGUUGUGUCUGAUGCUACAUUGACUAGACAAGAACGUAAUAUUUAUGCAUACUAUAUUUAUUUGUUUGUGUGUUUAUUCUGUUAUUCAAUCUCUAUAUGUUAACUACAACAUUUUGUUGAAUAUUCUAAUUGCUGGCUAUCUCACUUCGUGUUUGAGCUCUAAA